CACGCAGUGGACGCAGUGCGCUGGAUUCAGUGCGUUGACGCAGCUUGUAAGCCAAGAGAAACCACGACAUUGAAAGUCAUGUCUCGCAUCAGUUCUGCGGCGCAGCCACGGGCGCUCACCUUGACCGAGGAGCUGGAGAAAUUGGAACAAUCCAUUACAUUAACUCUGCAAGAGAUCGAUCACAACUUCAGCCGAGCCCACCGGAUAGUCACGUCCAGCAUUCUCCCUAUCGUUGAACAAUACGGGGGCCAUUCGAAGGAGGUGUGGGAGGGAUCUAGAUUUUGGAAGCAAUUUUUCGAAUCGAGUGCCAAUGUUUCCUUGUCGGGCUAUGAGGAACAACCGUCUCAACACGAAACAAUAGACAACACGGUCACGGAGGAAUCUCACUCGACCACCCAGACCACCCUCGAAACAUCAGAGUCAUAUGAGACACCAAAUGCACAACACAUCUCUACCGAUUCCAUACAGGAUCUUGACCUAUCAAACUUGUCCAUCUCGCCCUCCCACAGCACGCCGCGACCUCCGAGAGCUCAGAAGGCCAAUUUCGCCGAUUAUCCCUCUCCAUACGAAGCCCUGCGCCAGGAGGUCAACAACACGGCAGUUGAUGCUACAUCCUUGACCCAGACCGCUUUGCCUGAAACCCCCGGAAGACCAGUCUUCCCAACUGACGCGAUUGCACGUACUCCGGAAUCCUCCCCCUUCUUGCCUCCACAGCCGACCUCGAUACCCCGUCCUUCGACAGCCCGCAAAAGGACCGAUCCCCUUCUUCAUCGAGUUUUGGACCGCACUUACCGUGUCCAAGCAACGCCACUGACCACCAAUCGAUAUGCAAAUAUUCAACCGAUAACAGCAGCCACGCCUUCGACGGCAAAGCGCCAGCAUAUGACAGCGGAUGCAACCUUAUCAUCGAGCCCGGAGGUGGCUCCACCAGAGCUGCAUCCGGAGAUAUUCUCCUCUCCCGAGCGCAAGGUCCGGAUUCCAGGAGUAAGUCUAUUGACACCAGCAAAGCACAAAGGGGAUGCCGCCAAGGCACCUAGUCGGACCCCGGGCAUCUGGGACAGCGAUGAAGAUGACUUGGAAGAUGACAUUGAUUUUGGACAAAGCCCACCAAAAACGAUGCAGUUUCAUGUCCCGCAGAACAGGCUUCUGAAGACUCCAGCCAAAGAAGCCUCGCGACGGAUCGUGGAAGAUAUUUUGACAAAUGCUGGGAUGGACUUUGGCGAGGAAGAAAUCGAUUUUACUCGUGAGCUAGAGACGCAGGACUUUGAGUUUGGCGCCGCAAGCCCCAGCGUUGUUCGCCCUUCUGCCAACAUCGAGGACGAAACGUUCUAGACAUGCUACGACCUAAUACACAAGAUUAAAAAAAA